GACAAACGCGUGCAUUCGAUUCUCAAUCGGGGCGCAGAUGUGAAUUCCACAGGUGGACAAUAUGGGACUGCUUUACAGGCAGCGUCAGCUCGUGGCCAACUCAAGGUAGCGCAAAUCCUCAUCCAGCACGGGGCUGAAGUCAACAUGUCUUGUGGCAAAUUCGGUCAUGCUCUACAAGCCGCCAUAUACUCUCAAAAUGAGGCAGUGGUUCAGCUUCUGCUCGAGCACGGUGCAGAUGUCAAUACU